GUGAAAGAUCUCUGCGUGAACCAUAUGCACAAUGCCUGAAGCAAAAGAGAACAUUACAAGUUCAGGAAUCCCUGUGGAGUUAAAAAGCACACCCUUUCAACCUGUGAAACCUAACUUGCAUCGCAGCUCCAAACCCGGCAUUGCAAAGUAACCUCUGGAAUGAAGUCAUUCAUCUCUUGGGGAAUCAAGAUUGGCAUGGCAUCGCUCUUGACAAGCAUCACCUAUUGUCUUCACCGAGAACACACUGAGGCAUAAGCCCCAAGGAACAUCUCCAUCCUCAUAUCCUUCUGUGCUUGGCCUUCUCUCGGCAGCUGAAUGAAGGUUCCUUCCACAUGUUGCCAUAGCUUGUGGCCAGACCACCUCUGUCUGUUGGCUGACUGUUCAUGAAUCCCUUUCUAGAGCCAGCUCAGGAGGCUUAGGCUUCUUGGAAUCUGUGUCAUGGAAGCUCUGGAAGUGGACGAUAUCAGCCCUGCCUUAGAGGUUACUGAGGAUUUCCUUAGUACUUUUGAUAGCAAGCUAGAAAAGGCUGUGCAGCAAGCAGAUGUUUACGGGAUUCAGGAAGUCCCGGAGCUGGUAGGGCAUGAGGUCCUCAGUAACAUAACAGACAAUGGUGCUAUGAGAAAUGUUGCCUCCCUAGGUAAGGGGGCUGUGAUUUGGGACCACUGUAAGAGCAGGCUCUUAGAAACCAAAGCUCAAAAUGUCUUCCCUACCAAAGAACAGUUUGUGGUCCAGAGAGGGACAGCUCCGGAUAAUCUUUCCUGGAUGGAACAAAAGGAAGCGUCAACCUUUAAUUUCUUCAACAUCUGCCAGCGUCGGAGGGACAGACCUCGCUCUGUGAAUGACUUGCUGGAUGAAACCUCUACUUUUAAGCCAGGACACACUCGAUCGAGGUCAGAUGUCACCCACAUGGACUGGCGGGUGGUCCUCAGCACCAUGCCUUUGCUACAGCAGCAGCCGUCUCUUCAAGGCCCUCACUGCACCCGGCCGUCCUUCCUCCUCCCCUCACCUAGUAAAGUAGCUGAUGCUCAAGGAAAUACAGAACACAAGCAGGCAUUCCCAAACAUUCUGAAGAAGGGUUACCUGGAGAUUAGGAAGGACCAUGAUAGUUACUGGCAAAGCUGUUAUGCCGAGCUCUCACCCUACAACUUACACUUCUACAGCCUCGACAGCAGCGGGAAUCAAAGCCUGUACGCCACCUACCAGCUCUCACACUUCCAGAGCAUAUCCGUUUUGGGCAAUCUGGAGGCCAGAAUGGUAGAUACUGUUCUCUAUGACAAUUCUCAGCUGCAGCUAAAGGCAGAGUCCCCGUGGGAGGCUUUGGACUGGGGACAGAAGCUCUGGGAAGUCGCUCAUACAGCUAUGCCCAGUUACAUGGGGCGGAAGGAUGAGCUGACAAACUCACCAGGGCUCAGUCAUCAUGUUGACUGUACACUGAACCAAUGUUUACAGAAGAAAUCCAGUGGGCUGAUGCCACCCUCCUCUUUCUUGGAUAGCCCCAAACAGUACCAAAACAUCCUCAAAUCAGGGACACUCUACAGACUGACUGUCCAAAACAACUGGAAGGCCUUCACGUUUGUUCUGAGCAAGGCCUACCUUAUGGCUUUUCACCCUGGCAAGCUAGACGAAGAUCCCCUGUUGAGCUACAAUGUGGAUGUGUGCCUGGCUGUCCAGAUAGACAACCUGGAUGACUGUGACUCUUGCUUUCAAGUCAUUUUCCCUCAAGAUGUCCUCCGCCUCCGAGCUGAGACCCGGCAGAGGGCUCAGGAAUGGAUGGAGGCUCUAAAGACAGCUGCUAACACAGCAAGGAGUUCGGAACAAAACCUGCAAGUCACACUAAGGAACAAACCCAAGGACCAGAUGGGUGGGCAUGAGCUCCGAAAGAACAAACGUCAGUCGGUGACCACCAGCUUUCUGAGCAUUCUAACAACUUUGUCUUUGGAGCGAGGACUCACUGCCCAGAGUUUCAAAUGUGCAGGGUGCCAGCGGCCCAUCGGCCUCUGCAGAGGGAGGGCCAAGGUGUGCAGCUACAGCGGGUGGUACUUCUGCAGCAGCUGCCACGUGGAUGACACCUUUCUCAUCCCAGCGCGCAUAGUCCACAACUGGGACACUUCAAAAUAUAAGGUGUCCAAGCAGGCUAAAGAGUUUCUGGAGUACGUGUACGAAGAGCCCCUGAUUGACAUCCAGCAGGAGAACCCCAUGCUGUACCUGCAUGCCGAGCCGCUGGCCACCGUGGUGCGGCUGCGGCAGCGGCUGAAAUCCCUCCGCGCCUACCUGUUCAGCUGCCGGGCCGCGGUGGCCGAGGACCUGCGCCGCAGAAUUUUCCCAAGAGAAUACCUCCUUCAACAGAUCCACCUGUAUUCUCUUGCUGAUCUGCAGCAGGUGAUAGAGGGGAAGCUGGCUCCCUUCCUGGGGAAGGUCAUCAAGUUCGCCACCUCACACGUGUACAGCUGCAGUCUUUGCAGCCAGAAGGGCUUCAUCUGCGAAAUCUGUAACAACGGCGAGAUCCUAUAUCCUUUUGAGGAUAUUUCAACGAGCAGGUGUGAAAGCUGCGGAGCUGUCUUCCAUUCUGAGUGCAAAGAAAAAUCUGUGCCCUGCCCAAGGUGCGUCCGCAAAGAACUGCAGAAGAAGCAGAAGUCCUUCUGGCGGCAGCUGAACGUGGAUGAGAGCCUGGAAGAGGCGUGCACCAUGUUUGAGCUGUCCUACCAAAACACCUGAUUGCCGGCCAGCCGGGUGCUCGCACCACAGCCACUGAGGAGCCACUGGGGCCCCAUCUAGAAGAGGCUGUCUCCUCUUCAGCUAGAUGUAGAUACAUUUGUGUGUAUAUAUAUAUAUAUAUACACACACACACACACACACACACACACACACACACACACACACACACCUAUAUGUCCGUGCAUAUGCUUUGUGUAUUGUCCAACAGGGCCACAGACCUUCUGUGGCUGGAAGCCUACUGAUAGCUGAAUUACACUUGGCUGUGAAUUUCAGCUGCUUGCCCUCAACAAGAUGUGGUUUACACACAUUGCUUUAUAGUGCAGUUUGGGACCUUGCAACCAUUUGGCUCUAAGGGCCAUUUUAUUUUAUAAGACACAGGAGGAAGCAUUUCUAGUAGCAGCGUUUUGGGUCAUUUCUCUGUUGUUUAUUUUCAACCUUCGCACUGUUGGGGGAACUGAGGCAUGGAUCAUUAUCAUCAGCUUCACAAGGAAAUUCCUAAAACACAUGGGUUUUCCUAGAUUCUCCCAGGCUCCUGGGUCUCUGGCAGAGCUGCUCAGCAAGAAGCCAGGAGCUCUUUCCUGCAACAGAAAAGCAUUCACCGUGAACACAGGAGUAGAGCUGGUCUGGGUUUAAAGUUAAUACGAGAAAGUGUUCUCCUGAGUAAGGAAGGGGCCUCAAGCCCACACACCAUCAGGUGCUGGUUUGGAUCCCAGUGACUGCCUCACAAUGUAACUAACUCUCCACCAUACAUGUCAAAUUGUGCAUGUGGUGAAGAACAGAUUUCCAAGGGUGUCACAGGGGACGUUUACUAUUUUUCCAUGGUGCUGGCUGGGGGAAAUGUCCCAGGAUUGUCCUCAAACACAUCAGUAGGCGCGUGGAUAAAGCAUAUGGUACGCCUCUUGGAGGAGACGGUACUCCCUUUUCCAGAGUCCUCAGUUAGCAUUUCUCAUCUCGUCAUUUUGAACACAAUAUUUCUCAUUGCAUUUUCAUUGUGACCCUUACAUUUUCAGUUUUACCAAUUUGCUCUCAUGAUUUUAGUGUUUUGUUUUAUUUUGUUUGUUUGGGGGAGCUUGGUAUUUUAAGACAGAAUCUUGUUGUCCAUCCCAGGCUGGCCUCAAACUCACGAGCCUCCUGCCUCAGUGCUCCCCCGCCCCCACAUGCUGGGAUUCCGUGUAUGCACCACCACACCUGCUUCCCUUGUUUUCAAUUAUUCAGAGAGAGCAGAAACAUUUUGAAAACAAAUACCAACUCUAAACUAUUAAGCAAAUACCAAACUUAGAAAUAGAAUAAAUGAAUUGAAUUUA